UGAUCACGUGAAGUGGGCGGGACUUAUCCGCUGCAGGUGACUUCAGAACGAAUCCCUUUAAACGAAACUUUUUUUCAAUUAAAGAAAAAUGUUACACAAAAUUAUUAAUUUGACAGUGACAGAUGUACGUUUUCCGACGUCUUUGGAGCAGCACGGCUCAGACGCGAUGCACACAGACCCGGAUUACUCAGCCGCAUAUGUGGUUCUGGAUACAGACAGCGGACUGAAAGGGUUCGGACUCACGUUCACUUUGGGGAAAGGAACCGAAAUCGUGGUGUGUGCCAUCCAAGCCCUAGCAGGACUGGUUGUUGGGAAAUCUUUGCAGGAGAUUGUGAGCAAUUUUCGAGGGUUUUACCGCCUGCUGACCAGUGAUGGUCAGAUGAGAUGGUUGGGUCCAGAGAAAGGCGUGAUCCACUUGGCUACUGCUGCGGUCUUGAAUGCUGUGUGGGACCUGUGGGCUCGAGCGGAGGGCAAGCCGCUAUGGAAGCUGCUUGUCGACAUGGAUCCAAAGCUGAUUGUCUCGUGCAUUGACUUCAGAUACAUCACUGAUGUUCUGACAGAGGAGGAAGCUCUGGGUGAGACGUGUUUGUGUCUUCGUUUUAGAAAAGAAAAUGACAUGCUUCUGAUGGAGGUAUUAUCAAACCAGCAGACCUGCUUUGCUUCUAUUUCUUAUUCAGACAUCCUCAUGAAAGCACAAGAGAACAAACAGCMGAGAGAGGAUCAGAUGAUGAAGGAGGGUUAUCCUGCGUACACCACCUCCUGUGCUUGGCUCGGGUACUCAGACCAGCUACUCAAACAGCUUUGUACCGAUGCACUCAAAGAUGGCUGGACGAAGUUUAAGGUGAAAGUUGGUGCUGACCUAGAUGAUGAUAUACGCAGGUGUAGUCUCAUCAGACAAAUGAUUGGACCCAGUAACACGUUGAUGAUUGAUGCCAACCAGAGAUGGGACGUAGCUGAGGCCAUCAGCUGGGUGUCCAGACUGGCUGAAGUCAAACCUCUUUGGAUUGAGGAGCCCACGUCUCCAGACGACAUCCUGGGUCACGCUGCAAUUUCUAAGGCUUUGGCUCCACUCGGGAUCGGAGUGGCUACAGGGGAGCAGUGCCACAACAGGGUGAUGUUCAAGCAGCUCCUCCAGGCUUCAGCGCUUCAGUUUGUUCAGAUAGACAGCUGCAGGCUGGGCAGCGUCAACGAGAACCUGGCUGUGCUGCUCAUGGCCCACAAGUUCAAAGUUCCUGUGUGUCCUCAUGCCGGAGGAGUCGGUCUGUGUGAGCUCGUCCAGCAUCUUAUUCUGUUCGACUACAUCUGUGUGUCAGCGGAUCUCAACGACCGAAUGUGUGAGUAUGUGGACCACCUCCAUGAACAUUUCGUUAGUCCUGCGCUGAUACAGAACGCCUGCUACAUGCCUCCGAAGGAUCCAGGUUAUUCUUGUGAGAUGCUCGAGUCGUCGGUGAAGAACCAUCAGUACCCUGAAGGAGACAUUUGGAAACAGCAAAGGAAGAAAUGAGGACUGAAAACGUUUGACACUGUGAUAUCAAACCCUUUGUAUUAGAGUCAGAAACACUUCUACAUGAAAUCAGUAACAAUUUGUCUUUUUAA